AGACUGUGAAGGACACCUUCGAGUUGAGGAAUCCGAGAUCUGGCACCCGGCAUCCAUUUUCAUCGUCAUACUUCAUCGAAGCCUCUGAGCUACCGCCAACCACCAUGGUGAACCACGGCUUGAAUCACUUUACCAUCGCCACCCCAGAUCUGAAGUCCAACAUCGAGUUCUACAGGUAGAUAAGGAAAAGAAUGAACCCCUUUGUCUGAGUUGAUCUUCCUGCAAUCGGAUGCUGUGCUGCAAUUGCAAUUGGGUGCUGCCUGCAGGGAUGUCCUUGGUUUGGUGCAUGGCCCUCCCCUGUCCAACACAUCUCCUGUGAGUGAGAAGACGGGAAUCACUCACUGAUUGUUUAUCUGAGGCUUCCUUCCUUCCCUGUGAAUCCUUGUGUGUGUGCCUGUUAGGGUGCGUACAUGUAUUUGCCGGGUACAGACACACAGCCAGUGGUCCAUAUGAUUGAUUCCUCAAAGUGGAAGGACGACAACAACUUGGACUUCCGGCUCGACGCCAAGCCUUCGGAGCCGCUGGUGGCUGACGGCAGGGCCGGCCACAGGACGGGAGGCCUCGAGCAUAUCGCAUUCGUGCUGGACGCCGAAGGUGCGCGCGCACACACACAGAGAGAGUCGGGCAGUCGGUAGGUGUUUCAUGAAGGCGUGCGUGUGGGUGGCAGAUUUCGCGCCCAUGAAGCAACGGUUGGUUUCCAUGUCGAUAGAGCAUGUGGAGGGCAAUGACAAUGCACCACAGGUGCGCACGCACGUGAGGACAUCCAUCAUGCGGAGAACACCUUCAUGGUGCGGUUGGUUGGCUGUGCCAUUCAUUCAGGUGCGGCAGUUGUGGUUUUUUGGUGAGUCUGGGAGGGAGGGAGGGAGGAAGAGAUGAGCUCUCUGCAUCGUGUGUGUGUGUGUGUCUGUGUGUGUGUCUGUGUCUGUGUUGUCUUGUGCAGACCCCCAGGGGAUAAAGCUGGAGCUGAAUUUUGUCGCCCAGGACAAGUGACGAAUAAAUUAAAGUGGUUGUAGCGUUGCGUGAGUGAUUUGAUGUAUGUCCGGCAGUAGGGUGGGUGGGUGUACAUAUGUCGGUGGAGAGACCUAGGCUGUCGUGGGCAGGGCAGACACUUCGUGUACGUGUGACUGGGUGCUUCUGGUGUAUUGGUUGGAGUCACAAGUGGGGUGGGAGCAGAC